UGGCACACCUCCUCAUGAGCCAAUGGCAGGCUGCAGCUCUGUUUGGCAGUUCCUGGUUUUGGAUGUGAAACUCAGGCAUUGCAGUGGAUGACAGUUCACGCCUUCACACUGUUACUGUAAUGGUAAUUGUGACUGUAAGACGUGACAAUGACUUCAAGAAGUUUCAGUUUACCUGAGACUUGUAUCACUCAAGUGAGUGAGACCGCGAGUUCACACACCUGCCAACCUCCCACCUGUUGGGUGAGUUGGAUCUCCUGCUUCUGUUUACCCACCUCCCUUCACACUGACGUGCACCUGUAUGCAGCAGCGGAGAGGAGAGGAGCUGCUGCCAUGGACGGCUCGUCUGCGUAUUCCCAAGGUGCAUUCAGAAGAGGUUGGUUUAUUUUGUUCCCUCUGUGCUGAUGGCUUGUUGCAUUUGAGUGAUGGGCUGUGGGACCAGUAAGGGGCUGCCUGAGGCCUCCAAGAAGGGCUAUAUCAGCGUGGUGCAGUCACUUGUUGCUUUCAGUAAAGCUAAAGAUGAAGAUGAUGGGCUGAAGAAGAAGGCAAGAGGUCCAUGGUUUUCUACAGGCGUUAAAAAUCCUCAGACAGUGCCAAACAGCCAGCAAGAGCCGCUCAGAGAUGGACGCCAGAGGGACAGAGUCGCCAAGUAUAAGGACACAUUUGAUCCACGAGUGACAGCAAGGUACAACAUCAAAGCUCUGAUCGGUCGAGGAAGCUUCAGCCGCGUGGUGCGCGUGGAGCAUAGGGCCACUCGCCAGCCCUUCGCCAUAAAAAUGAUGGAGGUGGAGCUCCCAGAGGGCCGUGAGGUGUGCGCCUCAGAGCUGGCGGUGCUGCAGAGAGUGAGCCAUUUGAAUGUGAUUCAGCUGAUCGAGGUGUUCCAGUCGCCGCAGAGGGUCUACAUGGUGCUGGAGCUCGCUACGGGAGGGGAGCUGUUGGAGCGUGUGGUCAGCAGGGGCCACUUCACAGAGAGGGAUGCCACACAGGCGCUGCAGAUGGUGCUGGCCGGGGUGGGAUACCUGCACAACCUCGGAAUCACUCACAGAGACUUGAAGCCAGAAAAUCUUCUGUACUAUCAUCCUGGGGCCGACUCCAGGCUGCUGGUGACUGACUUUGGACUUGCAACUUCUGGUGGCACAGACAAAGGCUUUCUGGGAGGAGACACAGAAACAGACAACACUUGGUCCCUCAGAACCACCUGUGGAACUCCUGAGUACAUGGCCCCUGAGGUUUUGCUGAGGAAACCCUAUACCUGUGCCGUGGACCUGUGGGCCCUGGGAGUGAUUACAUACAUCAUGCUAAGUGGAUCCAUGCCGUUUGAAGAUGACAAUCGCACACGGCUCUACAGAUCCAUCGUGAGAGGGAAAUACAGCUUUCAUGGAGACCCUUGGCCUUCAGUGUCCAACCUAGCUAAGGACUUCAUCCAGCGCCUGUUGCAAGUCGACUCUGCCACCCGUCUGACGGCAGACCAAGCCAUCAAUCACACAUGGGUGGCCAACAUGGCAGCCAGCUCCUCCAUGAGAAACCUCCAUCGAUCUAUUUCCAGGAACCUGAGGCAGAGGAUGUCCCGCAGCUCCUCGCGGUGCCCGAGCAGCACCACUACCUUCGGUGGUUCUAACAAGUAACUGGAGAAAAAACAAAGAGCUUCAGCCAGGCAGGGCAUCUGGACUGACUCAGCCUUACAGAGCCAGCCAGAGGGCUCCAGGAGCAUCAUCGCCAUCCAGCUGAAGCACCGGCAUCAUGAGAGGACUAAUGAGGGGAUCCAGCUGCCCCUGGCUUAAAGCGUGUGUUACAGCCACAAAAGCCAAAGUGUCUGGGACAGGUGUUGUGACAAAAAAAAUGCUUCCUCUCUUCUCUGGACUUCAGUCAGGAUCUCUCCCCGAGGCUGAGCUCCAUCCUUCAUUAGCUUUUCGUGGUUGGGUUAAGCUGUUAGUGAAUAUCGCUCAGUUUUAGAGUCCAGGAGUACAUUGAGAUAAAGCUGUCCACCUCCACAAGGCCCCUGGUUAUUCACACAGCUCACACUAAUGGGUUCAAGGUCUCAUCUACAUCAUUAUGAGUCACCACAUUACCUGCUUGGGAGAGGUUUCUUCCAGAAAUGAGAAAUGGGAGCGAACUUUGGAAACAGAAGAAAUGAAAGUUGAGGAAAGACUCUGAACUUUUUUCUUUCUUUUUAAACAGAUUUUGUACUCCUCACCGCUAAACAGAAAGACAAUUCUCAUUUGUUAACAUCUGGAGGCAGGGAGAAAAAGAGCUGUAAUCUUUUCUUUUGUUGUCAGUCCUCCUACACAGCGGCACCCACAAGUCCUGUGCAACCAGUGAAAGCACAAUCCAGAUAUGUGGUGACAGGCCUCUAUCAAGUUACAAUGAAACAGUGGGUUUAAGGAGCCCCCGACUCUCCCCCAAUCAUUAUGUAAGCUGUUGCAAAAUAACCCUUUUUUUUCAGAGAGGAGUUUAAAGUUUAAAUGGUUUGACUGGAGGGGAAUAAAGUUCUGUAAGUGUAUCUAUGUAAAAUACGGUGGAAGCAUCAGUUUUAGGGAAAGAAAACAUCUCAUGGGAAAAGACCUAGAAAAGGGUGUUUUGUCGAAGAAAAUACUACAUUUCUUUCUGCCCUGUAGGGAUCACAUUUGAUGUUUGUGCGAUCCAGUAUAUGAAAGAAGAAGGCAUGAAGAUAUAUAUAUUUUAAAGUGACAUGAAACAAAGUGUUUUCCUUUAAAAACUCCUUCUUCAACGACUUUAAGAAUCAGAUUGUCACCAGUUUUUGUGCUCUUCUUUUUAUUUUUCUCCUCCUAUAAAUAAGUUAUUUGACAUCAUCAUCCAUUUCAUUUAAUGAGUCGACCAAAUCUGUUAUGAGUCAGCUUGUUCUUUUAAAUAAAUUCAUUA